AGAAAAUAUUGAUAGGGAAAAAGCUCGUCCUUCGUCCCACAGUGAGAUAAGGAGAGCUUUUUUGCCGUUCCGUUUUUGUUCGAACAAUAAUUUCGAAGGGUCGCAGAAAUUCGCCGGCAGAUGUAGAUGCCUUCCGUUUCCUUUCUCGGGAGCUUGCACCCUUGAGAUAUCGUGCCUGUAAUAUACCUGUGUAUACGUAAUAAACUUAGGUAGGUAAUUUUGUUAUCGCGCAUGUCCGAAUUCGUGGCAUAUUCUAACUAUAUACCGAUCCGACCUAUAUAUAAUCGAAAGCUUUGCUUGUUUUCAAACAGUUCACGAGUCGCGAGAGCGUCGAACAGGUGUUUCGUUGUACAUAUAUGUACACGUUAUUUUUUUUUUAACAACACCGCGGAAUCCCUGGGAGCCGCGAUGUUUUAAAAACCAAAAUCAAAAAUCGAAAAUCAAAAAAGAAGCGUCGAAAGUGAAUGGAGAAACAGAAAGAAAAUUGAAAAAAAAAAUGGACGGAAAUGAAACAACGAUGACGAGAUAAUUUAGAAUUAAAAAUUUAGGAAACAAAAAGUAACAAUUUGAUAUCGGAAAAAAUAGAUAAUCGCAAACGAAAGAAAAAAAAAAAAGGAUAAAUGAAUGAAUAAAUACAACUGCCAAAAUGUGCUUGAUAUAGAUUUCAUAUACUAAAUAUCUCAUGUACGUACUUAAUAAAAUGAAUUAAACGAACUGAGCUUUACUUUUAUGUACAUUUAUGUAUGUGUAAAACAUAUAUAAUACCUAUAAUAUACGAAAACCUAACGCACAAUUUUAUAUUUUUGAUUAUAACGAACGUCCUACGAUUUUCCAUUCAAGGUUUCGUUUUUUCAAGUUCUUUUCUCUUUUCAAGCUUUUUCAUUCACACUUUUAUCCCGCGUCAUUGAAACGAUGUAAUUUAUACGUUACAUUAGAGAUUUUCGCGUGUAAUUAUUUAAAUUUUCGUCAUAAUUUUUUUUAAACACAUUCGAAACGAAAAAAAUAAGAACCAACACAUACCAAAAUUGUCAGAUCGAGCUGCGAGUAUUUUUGAUAUACCGGGAGAGCUUAAAAUUGAACAUUUUUCUAAUAUACAUUACCAAUUAAUUAAUGAAUAAUAACAGUAAUAACAGUAAUAAUUCCUUCGAAUAAUAAUAAUCAUCAGGUAAUAGUAGCCGUUGUCAGAGACGGUUGAGUAAUUUACCAAAGUGCAUGUGCUCGCUUUUCUGAACUUACGUAUACACACGGGUACACGAAUACUUAGGUAUAUACGUACGUUGAGUAUACCACUUUACUAUACAUAUUCGCGUGCUCAAUAGAUAGCAGUGUACAUAAAUAUAUAUACAUACAUAUAUUUAAUAUUAUAUCAUAUAAAUAAAUUUAUACAUGGUGUAUUUUUUAACCCAUAUUAUACAUAUACAUGUACGUAUUAAUCUUCACGUUACGCAGCCGGAUGUAUCGCGAAUUAAAUAUUUUUUCACACAAUUAUAAAAAAAGAUAUUAAUUCAAAUCGAAUUAAAAAUCGAAUGAAAAAAUAAAAUCGUCAACGAAAGAUUUUUUAAUUAUAUAAUAAAUUAAUAAUAAAUGAUACGGAGACGUGAUUUAUCAUUGUAAUAAAGUAUCUGAGCCGCAGAUAUAAUUAAUCGGUGGGAUCACAUUGAAAAAAGGGAGAAAGAAAAGACGAAAAAAAAUUACACAACGAUCAUCAUUAUCAUCGGGGUGCGGUUAUUUGCGUUUUUCUUUUAACCCGUUUAAUAAGGGAGUGGUUUUAAUACACGUCUAUGGACGGGAAAAAAAGUUUUCAAAAAGAAACCAGAGAAAAAGUUGAAAGGAAAAGAAACUGAAUAAUUCAAAUGAAAAUAUUUAUGCAUACCGUGUACGGAUGACGCCUAAUAAAUAUGAAGUUCGUUGACGAGUCGAGGAGAAAGAAAUUUCAUCAUUCGCGGACCGUCGUGAUACGGAAUUGUGAAGAAAAGUUAAUUGUCCGAUUAAAAGAAUCGCGUUAAGUUUGUCUUUUUCUUUCGCUCUCCCGUUUCCCCUUCACUCGUCGAUUAUUAAAGUUCGGUUAAAAAUGGGUCGUAAAUACAAGCAACGUCUGAUACCCGAACAAGACAGAAGAAUUUGCGGCAGUAUUUGUCUGUGUCAAUUCACCAUAGUCAUAAGCUGCGUUGCUCUAGUUUAUUUGAGCGUGGCGAUCUACAUGCCGUCGCACAGAGCUUUCAACGCCGGAAUUGAACCGGAUCCGGUGAUGUGUCAGACGGUGAAUACCACACUCGUUAAUUAUUGUGCCUGGGCUAGCUGCGGCGAAUGGUGUUUGACGAAAACAACCGGAUUUUGUCCGCAAAUUCACGCGACCGUCAGGAGGAAUGGUACUAAUGUUAUUUUCGAGAACUGCACUAGAACGGCCAGCAUGUCCUGCCCACAGGUGAACACGGCGAGCCUGAAGAGGUACAACUGCAACAACGGCAGCGAGUGCAGUUCCUUGUCGGGUGUGUUCAAUUGCAGUUUGGGCCACUGCGCGAACAUGAGCGAGUUGAUGCUGUGCCAUCACAAAGCGGACGGGAUAUUGGUUGACAGCGAGAAGGACAAUAUGAAAUUGAACGGUUUUUUUAGCUGCCAAAAUUCGCGUUGCACGAAAAUAAAGCGGGCAUUUUCCUGCGACAGAUAUUGCCCGAAGAUAACCACCGUCGGCGUGAACGUAUUUCUCAUGCAGGACGACAACAUAUUUACCGCCCAUUGCUCCAGCGCGAAAGCUCUCAACAAAGCCAACGGAAAUCUGCCGGGCGAAGUGCUCCGAGAGCCCGUCAAAUUCUGGGUAGAAAAUUCCGGCGGUAUUAUAGCGAGCUGUCUGAACGUUCGUAAAGACGGAAACACCAUAAGGACGGAGGACUGCGUGAACGGUUCGCUGGUCGUGGAGGACAAGGUUCCGCAUCCUUACAUAAAUUUCACGACAUUUCUCGACAUUUACGAAUCGAAUCUGGCCAAUCCGGUUGAUCCCGACAAUAAUUACGUCCCGUCGCAGAGGUCCUUGACCAUAUACAACAGUUCGAGGCUUUACAUAAAUCUGGAAGGAUGCGUGAACACCCUCAGGGGGGAGUGCAGGGAUUUUUUGUUAACGAACGGAAGGGACGGCGACAACCAGACUGCGCAGAGCAGAUACCCCUGCUACUAUAACAAGAACGAUUCUUUCUUGGUGUUGGCGAGAUUCGACUUGGAUAAAACUAGGACGGAGUUGUUGAUAGCUAUAAUAGUGCCGACGGUAUUUUUCGUCGUCAGUUUGACGACGUUGGUUGUAAUAACUCGUUCGGUUCAAGUGGGAGAUGACGCUAAGAUGAGAUGUAGGUAUUGCUCGACCGAAGCGGAAGAUAAGGAGAGCGAGGACGAAGGCCUGGUGGAAGGCACGCCGAAUUCGCCCGUUGGUUUUGACAACGAAAACGAACUUAGAACAAUGGCUUUUUAGCGGUGUAAUAAAUCAGCGCUCUACGAACGCCUGCCGUUGGGGGACCUCGAGAACGAAGAUUCGAAUUUUUAAUCGAUCCCGAGGAUGUUGAACCGAAUUCAUUCGCGGCGGGGGAAAAAGAGAGCACCACGAGCUGUCGUUUCGUGAAGAAAUUAUGUAUCAUACAAAAAUAAAAAGACGGAGAACUUCGUAACAAAAGAAAAAUUGAUGAAUCGACGAAUUGAUCUCAACGAUUCCCGUGAAUUUUACCAAAUCGAAGGAUAUAUUAUAUUUGAAAAAAAGGGAGAGGAAAAUUCCGAAUUUUCGCCACAAGGAUACAAGUUUUCAUUUAUCACGAUGUGUGAUUCAAGUGAUCGAAUAUUCAUUCCGUAUUGGUCGUUAAAUGUGAGCUAUGUACAUGAAAAUUAUGUAAUAAGAUUAGGUGAGUAGUUGAAAUUGAACAUACGACGCAUUCGGUUAUCGUGACAAACGGGUAUACGUGAGCUAAUAUUGAAUAUUAUCGAGGUUUAGGGUGGAAAAAUGGAAGAAUCGAUCGCCUAUAUAAUGUGUACAGCGUAUUGGGUUUAUUGCCGCCUCGAUCGCCGCCGUAUGCAAUGUGUACCUAAACGCAAUGUGUGUAAUAACCCUAACGGGGCCAAUAGCAAAAUUAAGUGAGCAAUUGAAAAAUUACUCGUUCUUUUCAUUUCCAAAGAAAAACUAUCAUAUAUUGCCUUCGUCGUAUUUUAUCCCUAUUUAAAAUAACGAUAUAAUAUAUAUUAUAUACACGAACAAUUUUAAAUUGAUUAGAAAUAUAUAUCUAUACAUACAUAUAUAUAUACAACGUAUAGUAAAUACCGCAUAGUAUACAUGUACGCGAUACAAUACUAUGAUUGAAAUUUUUCUCAUCAGUUUUUUUUUUUUUUCAAUUGAAGAUAUUGACAAUGAUGGUCCAUCUCGAAAUUGAAUGUGCUUGCGAUCGAAAAAAAAUAAAAUAAAAUAAGGAAAGACCAAAAAUUCUGCAGGAUCAACGAAUCAAAUUCAGAAAAAUUUUUCAAUCAUCGUUAUUCUACGACUGAUGAGAAGUGAUAAUUUUUUAUUUCCUGUGAAACUAUUGAGAAAAUAAAAUAACUAAAUGCUGCCUUCAACACAUACACGAACACAUGUAAUAUUCAAAUCACUAUAUGUGUACACGUAUAUGUACCUAUGUAAGUUUUGAAAGAAGUGAAAAAGAAAAGAAAGUAGUAGUCGUCGUCGUUUCGUGAACGUGUAAUGCUUGAUCGACUCACAGUAUUAAUUAAUCAAUUGAGUAAUUUAGUUUUUCGCAGGUAAAAAGAAUAAUGAAAUUUUUACAAUUUGAUUAAGUUGAGACGAUAAAAAUGUAUACUGUAAUUAGACUAUAAUUUCAAGAUGCGUUUGCCAGCUAGGUGUGAUAGAUGAAUUAUACCAUGUAUUAUACACGUGCAUAAGUGGACAAUUAUUGUUAGAACAAAAAGAAAAAAAAAAAAAAAAAAAACCAAACCAAUUUUCCUAUACAAUUAGCUGAAAUAUCUUGCAAUCACUAACGUGAAUUGAUGUGUAUGAAAAGUAGUGAAAAAGUCAAAAGGUAUCCAUAUCUGCAUAUGGAAAGAAGAAGAAUAAUAAUUCAUGCAAAAGUCUAGUCGAUGUGAAACUAUUAUUAUAAUAAUUACUGUACUAUAGCUCUGUAAUCUUUUUCCUUUUCUUCGUUCUUCUUUGGUUGUAGGUUGUAUGUUUCUACUUUAGUUAGUUUUCCCAUAAAUAAUAAUCCAUCUACAUCUAUAUACAUCCAUCACAAACUCUGAACAGAAUGAAAGUCUAACUGCGUCAGCCUAUACAUAUGAAAAUUUAUAUAAAUAAACGUGUAAUGAAAUUUCUUUUUCUUUUUUUUUUUCAAAUUUAUAUAUAUUAUAUAUAUAUCUAUAUACUAUACACAGGCUUGUAAAAGUAAUUUUACUCUACAUAUAUAUAUAUACAUAUACUAUAUGUGCCUUCGAUUCAUUUCCGCUAUUGUAAUACGCCUAAAACUGGACCGAAAAUAGUGAUUGAAUAGAAAAAAAAAAGAGACAAAAAUCUGAUCGAAAUACGUAGAAAAAAUAUUGGGCAAAAAAUAAUCGAUGUAACGUCUGUUGUGUACCUCAUACGUUGAAGAAGAAAAAAAAAAAAACGAACAGAAAAACCUAAAAACGAAAAGCUUUACAUUGUACAUUACUAUUGUACACAUCUUUACAAAUUCAUGUGUGUAAUGUACUCGACUACGAAUAUAUGUAAUACAUAAAAUAAGUAUAUACAAA